GUCUCUAAUUACAAUAGUAGCCAGUCAAGAAGAUUCAGAAACUGCAGCUAGUAUGAAUGCAGAACCUCAAAUAAUACCAGCUAGUGACGAAGAAUCUGAAGCUAAUGCGAAUGGACAGACCCAAAUGAUAGCAGCCAGAGAAAAAGCUCAUCUAAACUUGGAAUAACAGGCCCAGAGAAUGAAAUUGGCUUCAGAUUCAAUACAUGCUUCCAUAGAAAUCAGUGAUAAUAUAAUUAUACCAAUCCCUGAUAUCGACAGAGUAAAAGCAGAUCUCCGUAAUAUUAUCGGAGUGAUUCUUCAAAAGGAUGAACAAGGUUUGCAUAAAUUUGGAACAAAAUAUGGGAUACUCGAUAAAUUGUAUUGCAAGUCAGAAUUCGACACGUCCAAAGAAAAAUUCUUGAUACUAAAAGGAAUGCCAGAGACAAAUGUAUCUUUAAGAACUGCUGCCAAGAGAGCAGCCUUAAGAACAGGCCAAGGAUUUGUUCGCUGUUUGUGUAAGAAGGCGUGUAUGUCGAAGAUGCACUUUUGUAAGAAAAAAAGCAACUUGUGUAACUCGAAUUGCCACGAUAGUUUGCCUCACAAUAACAAGUAAUGUAGACUUGAUUUUUAUAUUUAUAUUCCUUUAUUGAAUGAUUAUUUUUGUAUGACUUUAAUUAAUAUUACUGAUGUUGUUUUAGAGUUAAUAUUGCCGACAUGGCUCUGUGAUUUUCCUUAAAAAUAUUCCUAUAGUGUAUGAUUAAUUUCGUAUCGCUUUAAUUAAUUUUAAUAACACAUAUGUAUAGUCAAUAUUUCCAAUAAAUAUUCUAUUAAAGAAU